AGAACCACACAAUAUGUAAAGGCCGCACACAAUUUGUGGCUCAGAAAACACUCCCUUUUCCGACGUGGCAAUUCAUCAAACACCUUCUGGGCUCACACGUCAAACUUUUCGAUGACAGAGAAGGAUAACACAGUGUCUGAGGUAAGACUUUUUGGUAAGACUAUUGAACUGCCGGCGGCGGAGAGUGGCGCAGCUAGGACUCUAGAGGAUCGGUCGAAUCAAGAACCGCCGUGCUCGUCUGAUUCUAUGCUCCAAGAUGGCGGCUUGAAUGGAGAUGCGGAGGAGGACCAGGAAUUUAGCGAGAGUAUGUCAAGUCCUAAACAAGAUCAUGCUAAAGACUCUGAGGAAUUGAAAGAUUCCAGUGAGUAUCGAGCAAUAGCUGAGGAUCCGAAUCCACCCUCUGAGACUGAGAAGAUGGUGACGGGUGAAGAUGACCAAAAUGAGACGAGUAACUCACAGGAGGAGAAACCCCUCAAGAAGCCCGAAAAGAUAAUUCCGUGUCCUCGCUGCAACAGCAUGGAUACGAAGUUUUGUUACUUCAACAAUUACAACGUGAACCAACCUAGGCAUUUCUGCAAGAAUUGCCAGAGAUACUGGACAGCCGGAGGGACCAUGAGGAAUGUGCCUGUAGGCGCUGGUCGACGUAAGAACAAGAACUCUGUUCCCCAGUACGGCCAUAUCACUAUCCCGGAGGCCCUUCAGAGUGCUCACCAUGCUGCUGUCAACCCCAAGGGCACUCUUCUCACCUUCGACUCAGAUUCGCCCCUAUGUGAAUCCAUGGCGUCAGUUUUGAACAUUGUUGAUAAAACAAACUCAAGAAACGGAUUCCACAGACCCGAAGAGAUGGAGAUGUCUGUUCGGAGUAAGGAGAGCGGGGAUGAUUCUUCCACCACUGCUUCAAGUUCGAAGGAUGAAGUAGGUAAGAAGCCCAAGAUGAUGCCAAACGGCCAUCCCUUGCCUCAUCAGGUGCCAUGCUAUCCGGGAGGCCCCUGGCCCUACCCGUGGAAUCCCGUGCAGUGGAACUCUGCUGUAUCUCCACCGAGCUUUCCUGUGCCGUUCUAUGCUGCAGCACCACCACCUUAUUGGGCUUGUGCAGUGCCUGGUGCUUGGAACGUCCCGUAUGUUAUGCAACAACUGCCAACUGCUCUCCAGACGCCUCCUAGCCCAAACUCCCCGGCUUUGGGGAAGCAUUUGAGAGAAGAAACAGCGCCAAAAACUGCCAAUGCAGAGGAAGGGGAAGCAAAGGAGACCAAUCUUGAGAGAAACCUAUGGUUUCCAAAAACAUUGAGGAUUGACGAUCCGGGAGAGGCUGCAAAGAGCUCGAUAUGGGCAACAUUGGGGAUAAAGAACGAGAGAGCCGGAGCUGUGGGAGCCAGCGGUGGUGGCAGUGGCCUUUUCAAGGUGUUCCAACCUCAAUCUAAAGGUGAUGAAAAGAGCCUCGGUUCAGAAGCCUCAACGGUGUUACAAGCCAAUCCGGCAGCACUCUCCCGCUCGUUGAACUUCCAUGAGAACUCCUAAGCCGACGUAUCGCCCAGUUUUUCUUGAUGAUCUGUAUUGCCAAGUUGAGAAGUAGUUGUAGCCAUGGACUGAGUGUGGGGGAAAUGGUGCAUUUCCAUGAUUCUUGACAAGAUUUAGGAUAUGGUAUCCUCCUUGUACAUUAAAUUUAUGAUAAUGUCACUUGCUAAGAUAGUGAGCUUGUGUAACAAACUCCACAUGCCGUAAAAAUAAGUGAGGAAUAUUUAUGAGAUUUUCCUUUUU